AUGCUCGUCGCCAAAAGUCGUCGCUUCUUGCCCCGCACUCGGCGCUGAACCCGACUCAGAACUCAAAGUUUUGCACAACAGUUCCACACAUCCAGCCACACACAGCAAAGUCAUCCCCGGAAUAAACCCAACGAUCGUGUGAUAUUCUGACACCCAAUUCGACAUCAAAUUUAAUCAAAAUCUAACCAAAAUUCGUGUAAAUCUGUGAAUAUUAAAUGUAAUUUAGUGUAUCCUGUGUACCACAGAUCAUGAGAUCGAAAAAUCUAUUCAGAAGUUGGAAAUUAAGGCCACAACAUGAAACGUAGGAAAAGCAGAAACAAAACGCCAAACGCUGAUUUCAAACGUUCCAGAACUGGAGUCAUGUCAUGGGAUUGUUAUAUAAAGGUUCCAGACUCUUGAACAUAAUUCUGGAUUCCCUGGAAGAUCAAGAGGGUGGAGCUAUGUACAUAUCGUGCGAUGUCUCAAACGGAGGUCCCGUGGAACCAGAGACGGGCUAUGUGCCCAACAAUCCCUUAUUCGGCCUGGCGCUGGACAGUCCGCAGCAAGAGUGUGCUGCAUCCUGCGUCGGCUGCCUGUCCUGCCAAGGCAACACCGCCCUGCCCAUCUCCUCGCUCACCAGCAGCGACUUUGACUGCGGCGGCUGCUUCGAUCCCACCAUCGGCGUUGGCAUCGGCAUCGGCAUCAGCGGAGGCGCUGGCCACAUCCAGAUCAACACCACUCCGCCGGCGAGCAGCGGCAGCAACCUAACGGGCACGGGUGCCGGUAGCGGCAACAACGUCGGCAACGGCAGCAACAGCUACUGGAGCACCGACGAGAUGGCAUCCACCUUCCCCGGCCUGCCGCCCCUGGACAUUGAUCCGCUGCCCAGCCUGUUCCCCUUCUCGCCGUGCGGCGCCUCUUACAACUUUGCCGGCAAUCCGCACCAGGCCUCGCUCUCCUACACCGUCCAUCCACACCAGAUGCUCAUUUCGCCCAACGGCGGCCAGCAGCACGGGCAUGGCAACCACCAGUCCCAGCACCAGCCCCAGCAUCAGCACCACCAGCACCUGCACUCGCAGCAGGUGCAGAGCCAGCCAUCGCACGGCGGCAAUACGCUCCUCCAGGGCAGCAGCAGCAACGGAGGUGGCCCCGGCAGCGGUUCGUGCUACUACGAGGCGGGACCCAGUGCCCCCACAGCCGCCGCGGCCAUGUAUCCCAGCAUGAGUGUGAACGUCAGCAUGAACAUGACCAUGCACCACGGCUACGGGGCAGCCGACGGCACAGGAGUGCCCAUGCAGUGCUCCCAGAUGAACUGGACGCCGCCCAGCAGCUCCUCGGCAGUGAAUGUGCUGUAUCCGCCGCUGCUGAGUCCCACCCACUACCCUGCCUCGGCCACCUACUCCUUCACGGCGGAUUUCCGUGCACCUGUGCCAGCGCCCACGGCCCUGGGAUCCUUGCCGUCGCUAGCUGUAGGUGACAAGGAGUCGCCGUCGCCGCCUGCUACCAGCACAUCCGCCGCACUGGGCUACUAUGCCGCCGGCGUGGGUGGCGGCCAGAGCUACACGCCACCCCACAAGAGUCCCGGCAGCGGUUACCAGGUGGGAGCGUCAUCCCUGGGCCUCGGACUGUCGGCCUUCGACGAUGACGGGGAGGACAGCACCGAGGAUGGGGAGGGCAGCGCUGGCGGUGAUUUGAAGCCGAACCUGUGCCGGCUCUGCGGUAAGACGUACGCCCGGCCCAGCACACUGAAGACGCACCUACGCACCCAUUCGGGCGAGCGGCCGUAUCGCUGUCCGGACUGCAACAAGAGCUUCUCCCAGGCCGCCAACCUGACGGCCCACGUACGCACACACACCGGCCAGAAGCCGUUCCGCUGCCCCAUUUGUGAUAGACGCUUCUCGCAGAGCUCCAGCGUCACCACGCACAUGCGCACGCACUCCGGGGAGCGGCCGUACCGUUGCUCCUCCUGCAAGAAGUCCUUCUCGGACAGCUCCACCCUGACCAAGCAUCUGCGCAUCCACAGCGGCGAGAAGCCCUACCAGUGCAAGUUGUGCCUGCUCAGAUUCUCGCAGUCGGGCAACCUCAAUCGGCACAUGCGCGUCCAUGGGAACAACAACAAUGGCAGCAGCAGUGGCAGUGGCAGCAACGGUGGCAGCGGUGGUGGUGGCAACAGCCUCCUUACAUGACAAAAGCCACGCAGUGCAGGCGGUUUUCAACACUAUCACCCCCCGCACCAGCACCACCCGAAUCUACAUCACGUGCACCACCAGCACCCCACACAUCACCACGCCCACCCCCAC